AUAAAAUGAAACGAAAUGUCAUUCAGAAUCCAUCCGUUAUUUCCAGAUCCAACAGUUAGAGUCUCGCCAAGGCAUAUUCGCAUCUAUAGAAAGGUAACCCUAGCUCGACGCUUCAAGCGGAUUCUGAUCUUCUCUUCUGAUUGCAUUUCGCUUCAUCGCUUCUACGCCUCCGCCCUACGCCUGCCAGCGAUCAUGUCGGACGAGGAGCAUCACUUCGAGUCGAAGGCCGACGCCGGGGCUUCCAAGACUUAUCCACAGCAGGCUGGGACGAUCCGGAAGAACGGAUACAUCGUCAUCAAGGGCAGACCCUGCAAGGUUGUUGAGGUUUCAACGAGCAAGACUGGAAAGCAUGGUCAUGCAAAGUGUCACUUUGUUGCAAUAGACAUCUUCAAUGCUAAGAAGCUUGAGGAUAUUGUGCCAUCCUCACAUAAUUGUGAUGUACCUCAUGUUAAUCGCACAGACUACCAGUUGAUUGACAUCUCCGAGGAUGGCUUUUUGAGCCUUUUGACCGAAACCGGUAAUACCAAAGAUGAUCUGAGGCUCCCAACAGAUGAAAAUUUGGUUACUCAGAUCAAAGAUGGUUUCGCAGAGGGAAAGGACCUAGUUGUCUCUGUGAUGUCGGCAAUGGGUGAAGAGCAGAUUUGUGCCCUCAAGGAGAUUGGCCCCAAGUAAUUCUGUAGCUGCUGCCAUCAUUUAUCAUGAAACUUCAUGCAAAAACAUAUUUAUAGUGAGUGCUUAUUCUUCAAAUUCGUAAUACUUCCAAGGGAUUUUUCCUAUGAUUGAUCAUUGGGGCUAUUAUGCAGUAUUUUUCGAUCCUAUACUGCCCCAAGUAGCUGUCCUCUUUGAUUAUGAAUCUUCAAGCAUAAGAUAUUUAUUGUAAGUGUUUAUUCUUCGAUCUUGAACUACUAUUUGAAUGGUUUAUUUGAUGAACACUCAGCAAUCAGUGUGAUUUUUAUCUGUAACUGCAAUAUAGUGUUAGCUCCUCUUCUUUCA